AUUCUUUACGAAAGCAAAGCGUCGACGAUGGACCGCUUGCAGCGCUUGUUCGGCAACCUCCCUGGCAUGCAGGGCCAUGGCAUGGGCGGCGCCAACGAUGGACCCGCGGUCGACACGGCCGAGAAGGUCCAUAUCUCGUCUCUGGCGCUCCUCAAGAUGCUCAAGCAUGGCCGCGCCGGCGUGCCCAUGGAGGUCAUGGGCCUCAUGCUCGGGGAGUUCGUUGACGACUACACGGUCGUGUGCUUGGACGUGUUUGCGAUGCCGCAGAGUGGCACGGGCGUGAGCGUCGAGGCUGUGGACCCGGUCUUCCAGACCAAGAUGCUCGACAUGCUCAAGCAGACGGGCCGCGCCGAGAUGGUCGUCGGCUGGUACCACAGUCACCCCGGCUUCGGCUGCUGGCUCUCGGGCGUCGACAUCAACACGCAGCAGUCGUUCGAGGCACUGAACGCGCGCGCCGUGAGUAUCGUCAUUGACCCGAUUCAGAGUGUGAAGGGCAAGGUCGUCAUUGACGCGUUCCGCUUGAUCAACCCGCAGCUCAUGAUGCUCGGCCAAGAGCCGCGCCAGACGACGUCCAACAUUGGCCACCUCAACAAGCCCAGCAUCCAAGCGCUCAUCCAUGGCCUCAACCGCCACUACUACUCGAUUGCGAUCGACUACCGCAAGAACGAGCUCGAGGAGCAAAUGCUCAUGAACCUGCACAAGAACACAUGGAGCGACGGCCUUGUCUUGACGCCGUUCGAAGCGCACUCGGCCAAGAACGAAGAGAUGGUCGAGCGCAUGCUCAAGCUCACCAAGCAGUACAACGAGCGCGUCCAGGAGGAAGACGAAAAGACUGCUGACGAACUCGUCGUGCUCAACGUCGGCAAGGUCGACCCGAAGAAGCACCUCGAGUCGGACGUCUACGACCUCAUGGCGCUCAACACGGUACAGUGCCUUGGCGCGAUGCUCGACACGAUCGUUUUUUAAAUCUGCUCGUGUUGAAGCGCGUGAAAUGUACUUUCUUCUCGCACGACGCA